UGUAAGAACAAGCAGUCAAUCUUUUGGCAUUGCCAUGAUAGCCGAGAAAUAAAGGAAAAAAGAAUGCAAGGAAUGCCCCAUUCAUUCCUAUAAUUGCUACUGCCAGGAGCACAAAAUCGCAACAACAACACACACACUCACACUCUCACACAUAAGAACACGCUUCCUUGUUUUAAACGCUGCCAGGAAUUGAGGAGAAAGGACGCCUUUUGUUCCUGCGGUUCCUUGAUCUCUUCUUGGAACUUCUUUUUCCUUUUCUUUUCUAUCCUCCCCUUGCUCGGAUCAAUCCAUGUAUAACUCGCUUGCUUUCUCGAUUCAUUCAUCGAGAUUUCUUUUGCUUCCUCGUGGUUGUUUGUUUUGUUUCCUUCCACCGCUCGUAAAUGCUCUCCAACCAUCGCUGAUAAACUCGUAGUAGAAUACUCGAGCUGGAGUUCUUCGCCACUAUAUAGCUCUCCUUUCUCUUUCUCCACCAAAUUCUCCUACUCUCCCCUGUUUCUGUUUUUUUGGGUUUUUUUCUCUCUCAUUUCUCGUUACUGGGUCUCGAGAUUUCAAUCCAAGACAGCGACUUGGUGCCCUACUGGAUCAAGCAGUCCAUAGGAACACCAUGGAAAUCCUCCACGCAACAAGACAAUGUAGAAGAAGAAGAAGAGCAUAGAAGGAAGAAGAAUAAGAGCCCAAUCGCUUCUUUCCAAUCUUUUUUCUUGGCCUCCCUCUCCAAUCCAUGGACGAUCGCGCGCUAUCCCGGCUGCUCGGAUUCGUCACCAUUGCAAUCGCGGCGAGCACUGUGAAUUCCGGGCGAGCUGGAGCCGCUGGAACGAAUGAGGAUCUGGUGGAUUCACUGCCCGGCCAGCCCGCCGUCAAUUUCAAGCACUACGCUGGCCAGAUCGUCGUGAAUGAGAGGAAUGGCCGCGCGCUCUUCUACUGGUUCUUCGAGGCGGAUCAUCCCAAUGCUUCUUCCCUCCCGGUCGCGCUGUGGCUCAAUGGAGGGCCCGGGUGUUCUUCCGUCGGCAAUGGAGGUCUGUCGGAGCUGGGGCCGUUCACGACGAAUGACAAUGCCACCGGCGUUGUGCUCAACAACUACUCCUGGACCAAAGAGGCCAACAUUAUUUUUCUUGAGUCGCCAAUUGGUGUUGGCUUCUCCUACUCGGAGACCAAGUCGGAUUUCGAGGAGUUCUACGACAAGAGAAUAGCGAAGGAUUCCCUCGCUUUUCUAAAACUUUGGUAUGAGAAGUUCCCAGAGUACAAAGCCAACGAAUUCUACAUGAUUGGAGAAAGCUAUGCAGGACAUUACAUUCCAACCUUGGCAUGGCAAGUCCUUCUACACAACAGAAAAGUAUCAGCCGAGGAGCGUAUAAACCUCAAAGGAUUUGCUAUUGGAAAUCCGUGGACAGAUGCUUACUAUGACAAUCGCGGCACCACCGAGUUUUUCCACUCUCACUCGCUCAUCUCCGAUGAGACAUACGCGGGUUUGCUGAACUGUGACUUUGCGAACGAUCUUCCUAUCGAUGCUCGCUCCAACAACUCGAAAUGUCGACAAGCUUUAACUCAGGCUGACAUCGACAUGGAGAAGAUCAACAUGUACGAUGUCUUGGCCGAGUCGUGUAAUCCUUUGCCCGGAAGCUCCUCUGCAAGGAAAUCUCGCCAGAAGGCGUUUUACCUGGCUGCAGGAUAUGAUCCAUGUCUGGAUUCAGUAACACCGUAUCUAAAUCUGCCCUCCGUUCAGGAUGCAUUGCAUGUGAAGAAGACACGCAAGUGGUCCGGAUGCAACGAUGUGAUUUACAGCAAUUACAACCGAGCGGAUAUUGUUAGAUCGAUGCUUCCACUGUACAGAAAACUCCUACAGACGCACCUUAGAAUAUGGAUAUACAGUGGGGAUGUUGACGGAGUGGUGGCAACCAUUGCGACAAAAUCUUGGAUAAGUCAGCUCAAUCUCACCGUUCAAAUACCGUGGUACGCAUGGGACUUCAACAACCAGGUUGGAGGCUGGACACAAGUCUACAAGGGAAUGACAUUUACCACAGUCAGAGGCGCUGGACACAUGGUGCCUGCCACAAAGCCGCAACAGGCACUUCAAGUUUUCAAGAGCUUCUUGGCAGGAGAAGCGUUGCCCAGCUUCCCAUUUUCGACACUGAUGGACGCAGCAUUCGCUCUUUUUAUUCUACUUACUUCAUUCCUUACAGCUCUAGCAGCGGAUCCAUCUCAUCUUGUUUCCAAGCUUCCUGGACAACCUCAAGUUAACUUCAAUCAGUAUGCUGGCCAAGUUACCGUGAAUCCAACCACAGGGAAGGCACUUUUCUACUGGUUCUAUGAGGCUGAUCACCAAAACAGUUCGCUACAGCUGCCUCUAGCGAUCUGGAUGAAUGGAGGCCCAGGAUGUUCUUCGGUCGGAGCUGGAGCCUUGGGAGAAUUGGGACCUUUUAGAACAAAUGACGCAGGCUCGGGGCUUGUUCUCAAUCCAUACGCAUGGAAUCAAGUGGUCAAUCUUAUAUUCCUCGAGGCUCCCCACGGCGUUGGAUUCUCGUACUCCAACACAACCUCGGAUUAUAACCAAUACAGUGAUGAUAUCAUGGCAUCGGAUGUUCUUGUGUUCAUCCUGGAGUGGUUGAAACGCUUUCCAGAGUAUUCAAAGAACGAUUUUUACCUCCUCGGUGAAAGCUACGCUGGGCAUUACGUUCCGACUUUAGCUGCAAAAAUCCUCGACUACAACAAGAAGAAGGCCGGAGCUUUCAUUAACUUCAAAGGAUUUGCUCUUGGUAAUCCCUGGUCGGACACAUACUCUGACAACAAAGGCGACACCGAUUUCUUCCACAGUCAUUCGCUAGUCUCCGAUGAGAUCUACAACCAAGUCGUCGCCAACUGCGACUUCGCCAAGGAUCUUCCAAUCGACAAUGGCGAUGCCAAUCCGCUGUGUGGGGUCGCAGUCAGCGCCAUGUUCAACAGCAUCCAGUACGUUGACACCUACAACGUCUACGCCCCUACGUGCAACCAGCAAGAUCCCAACGGGACGAUUUUGAGCCAAACGCUGCGAGAAAAUACUUUCAUGCACACUGAGAUGCUGGCUGCUGCCUACGAUCCAUGCGCUGAUACAGUGUCUCCAUAUCUCAACUCCAAGGACGUCCAAACCGCUUUACACGUAGAAUUCAUGCCUGGGAAGUGGUCAUUUUGCAGUCGAGCAGUGAAUGGAAACUAUCCGAGAAAGGAUAUCACGAAUUCAAUGCUUCCACUGUAUCGCUCGCUGCUGAAAGAGGGUCUCAAGAUCUGGCUUUACAGGUACAACUUUGACUUUUACUUUCAUGACAAGAGCGCAACUUUCCCUUUCGCAUGUAGUGGCGAUGUCGAUGGUGUUGUCUCGACGAUCGGGACGAGAGCGUGGAUCAAGCAGCUCAAUCUCACCAUCACGCAGAAGUGGUAUCCUUGGAAGUUCCAAGACCAGGUCGGCGGCUGGAGUGAGAAAUACGCGGGGCUAACGCUUGCCACAGUGAGAGGCGCUGGUCAUAUGGUUCCCUUUGACAAACCCGAGCAAGCGUUGCUAUUGUUCCAACAUUUUGUCGAUGGAAGCUCACUCCCAAGCUUUUAGAUGCCAAGCGAAAUUUUCAACGUUGUGAGGCUCCACUCCAUUCUAAAAAUCUUUGCUCCAAUAGAUCUAGCCUCCGACGUGGCAUGGUGGGCGCUGCCACAUCUAGUAUUUUAGUAUCAUCCUCAUCCACUUGUUAACCUUUAGCGGGCGAAGGACACAUGUCCUUAGCUUCCUCGAGAAAAUGCCUGCGUUUUCACUGGCACUGUGAGGUGAUUUUAUAUUUC